CAUGAGCAGCGCUCCGUUGGACGUAGCUAGCCCCUCGAUCUUUUUGCCCGAUCUCGAGAGGUGGCCAGAGCUGGAGAUGCUUGACGAGCAACGUCACGGCUCUGCUGCUGAAACGACGUCGAACGAAUCUGCGCGAGCGGUGGAUGGAAGUCGCUUAGCACCUCUGCAAGCGCGCAUGCACGACCCGCGAGAACCGGCUUCGGACUCGACGCUUGACUUGGACGACAUAAUUCAGCCGGUGCUGGGUGAGCAUUGCCUUCCGCACUCGUGCUCGGAGAUUUCUCGACCCUGAUCAGCAUGGUGACCUGGCAGAAAAGCCGAUGCUACCAGUGAGCUCGUCGAUAGCAUCCAAGGAUUCUGCGUGAGUCCCAUGCGCCGCAAAUUCGAAAGCAAGCAGCACCCCCACGUAACGAAUUUUGAUGUGAUUUUCAGCGAGAAGAGCAGCCUGACGGGACAAAUGGAGAGGAAGACGGGCAUCAAGAUGGUCCGUUUCGAUAUUUGCGAGCCCGUCUCUUCAGAUUCUGCCGUUCAUCUACCAAGCGCGCUGGAUAUGCUCAAGGAGGAAGAGCUUGAAAACCCUCCUGGCACAUUGUACACUGUUCCUCGCCCACAUUUGGUCUUGCCCUUCGAUCAGGAGUUUCGCCGAAUGGAUCGUCUUCGACCUGCCCUCUUCGCACCAUCCGAAAGUCGCAGUGGCAAGAACGACGGUCCAUCCGAAAGUCGUAGUGGCGGCAACGAUGCGCACCGCGACGGUCUGCAGAUCGAGCCGCUGAGAGGCUUGCACGGCCUCACCAUCGAGCUUUCCACGCGAAAUCUGACUCGAGGCGUGCCGGCAUCGCGUACGGACAUGCUCAAGGAGCUCGGCGAAGAGACGAUGGAUUUGAGCCGAGAAGAUGAAGAAUACUUUGCGAGGGCGCUCGAGAGGUGUGGGAAGAAGAAGAGGAUCAGGAGCUCGAGGAUGAUGGAAUUGCAGCUUGAGGAAGAGUCAGACGAGAUUAUGGAUGCGUCGUCUUCGGAAGAAGAGCAGUUUGCUACGCAAGCGCAUGACGAGCACGACGAAGCCAGGCGGACGGCAUCAGCUGAUGAGGUGCAGGCUGCAUUCGAUGCGCUCGCACAACAUGUCUCGCAAGCUGAAGGCUUUGACGUGGAUGCGAUGGGGAUGGAAUGCGUGCGAGAUGAUCAGGACUUUGACUUUGCUUUCGACACGCCGCAUCCGGACACGCAUCCUGAUCUGGACGUGCACCACGGCGGGCAUGGGCUCUACGUGGAUCAGCAGCAAGCUUGCGCAAAUUCGAUGGACACACAAAGUGGAGGCGCGGAGGAGAGCUGUGGAACAUGCGCGGCAGAGGAGCAGGACGAGGAGGUGCUGGGCUUAUCGCGCGGUGGUGCGAUGGCGCUAGCGGAGGAUUUCUGGCGCCCAUUGCAAGAUCCGGAGAAAUACUGGGCUGAUAUAAGCUUGACUAGACGUGCCGAAUCGGUCUGACUUCGGCACACGAUAUCCGACAAAAAAGCCUCGAUCGCGCUUCAUCGCCGCCCUGCCUCCCUCGCCGAUGCAGCCCGUUGGUCCCUUUUCUUUGCCCCCUCCUCCCAAACGAUGACUAGACCCUCGAUGCGAGCGUUCACGUAGCAUAAGCAUUCGAUGGCGCGCGAAAAGAAAUACUGGA